AUGGCCGUCUAUGACGAGCGAUUCCGCGCACAACGCAAGGCCAUGGGCCGUAUCCUCGGCUCAAAGAUUGCUGCAGCGAAAUACAACGAGUGGCAGGAGGCUGAAGUCGGACAUCUUCUUCUGCAUCUGCUAGAUGACCCGCAAAAUUUUGUAGAACACAUCAAGAGAGAAGCGGGAUCACUAAUCCUCAAGAUUACGUACGGCUACACCGCGGAACAAUUCAAGAAAGAUCCUUUCCUCAACAUGAUUACCGAAACCAUGGACAACUUCUCGACGGGCGCUACACCCGGUGCCUUUAUCGUUGAUGUUUUCCCCUUCCUGCGAUAUCUACCCAGCUGGGUUCCUGGGACAGGUUUCAAACAACUCGCAAAGCAAUGGAGAGCCCAGAUGGAGGAGACCAGAGACAAGCCAUACGCCUUCGUCCAGCAUCAAAUAGCUCAAGGCAAAGACAACUCGUCUUAUCUAGCCAACCUUCUCGAUUCCUCUGAGCAGUCGCCCUUCAACCAGCACAACCACAAAUACUCGGCGCUGGCUGUUUUCGGAGGAGGCGCAGAUACGACCGUAUCAACAGUCGCAUCCUUCUUCUUGGCGAUGAUGGUGUACCCUGAUAUCCAGAAGAAGGCCCAAGAGGAAAUUGACAGAGUUAUUGGUAGUGGAAGGCUGCCGACUACCAAAGAUCGGGAGAACCUUCCCUACAUCGAGGCACUCGUGAAAGAAAUCAUGCGCUGGCACCCAAUUGGCCCUAUGGGUCUGCCACAUUCUAGCACAGAGGAUGACGUCUUCAAAGGCUACUUCAUUCCGAAAGGGGCCAUGGUGCUUCCCAAUAUUUGGUGGUUCACUCAUGACCCAGAGCGGUACCCCGACCCGAUGAACUUCAAACCUGAGCGCUUCUUACAGACAGACGGCCACGAGCCUGAGGCGGACCCUCACAAGUUUGUCUUCGGGUUCGGUCGCCGAAUUUGCCCCGGUCGCAUCCUCGCCGACAACUCCAUCUUUCUGAAUGUCGCUCAGUCACUUGCCGUGUACGAUUUCGCCAAGCCGAUCGUCGACGGCAAGGUUGUUGAGCCAGUAGUCAAGUUCACCACGGGCGUCAUCAGCCACCCGCAGCCAUUCGAGAUCUCCAUCAAGCCUCGAUCUGCUAAGCACGAGAACCUCAUUCGCUCAAUCGAGGAAACGUACCCGUGGGAAGAGAGUGAUUCCAGAAUUCUGGAGAGGAUAGAAGUUUAG